AUGGCCCGAUGGAUUGCAUAUAGGUCUGGGAAAUCACAUAGUAGUGUUCAUACACAAUUGAUGUCAAAUCAUAAAUUGGUGGUUGAAUCUAACAGAAAAUAUGUUAAAAUGCUAAUAGACAUAGUUAUACAUAUAGCUUCUCAAGGAUUAGCAUAUAGAGGUCAUGAUGAGAGCAAGACAUCAUUAAAUCGAGGGAAUUUCAUAGAAACUUGUAUUUUAUUUUCCAAACAUAUACCUGAAUUUGCUGAAAAAUUUAAAAGUUCUAUUAACUAUACUAGUCAUUCAAUACAAGAACAACUUAUUAGUCUGUGUGCUGAUAGUGUAAGAGACACAAUUAUACAAGAAAUAGGAGAUGGUGUGUUUGGUGUAAUGUGUGAUGAAGCACGUUGUUAUAAGGAAGAACAAAUGGCUUUAUGUGUUAGGUACACAAAAGAUUUAAAUAUCCAUGAGAGAUUUUUAGGAUUUAUAGAUUGUUCUGUUAAACAAGAUGCCCAAGCUCUAAGUCAACAUAUUUUUGAUUAUUUCAAAGCUUGUAAUUUAAGUGAUAAAGCACAAAUUAUUGGUCAGUCAUAUGAUGGAGCUUCCGUUAUGGCUGGAAAAUUUAACGGCGUUCAAGCCAAAAUUCAAAACAAAUAUCCUUACGCAGUAUAUACCCAUUGUAUGGCACACCGUGUUAAUCUAGUUGUUGUUGACAUGUGUAAAUUUGUAAAAGAUACAAGAUGUUUAUUUAAUACGUUAGAAAGUAUUUAUGUUCAUUUUUCUUAUCCGACAAAAAAUCAACAGCUCAUUGAUAUGCAAAAAAAAUUGGGGUUAAAAAUUAAAACAAUUGGAAAAAUAAGUGAUACAAGGUGGAAUUGCAGGUACAAAAAUUGUGAUGCUGUCUUAGACUGUUACCAAGCAAUUAUUCAUGUAUUACAAGAAGAAAUUGAAAAUGACAAUGACAAAGAUGUAAAUGAAGCUUUAGGAAUACUUACUAAUUUACAAAAAGGUUCUUUUAUUGUAAAUUUGUUUGUUAUACGCGAAGUACUUAGCAUCAUUAAUGUCAUGAGUAACAUGAUGCAAGACAAAAAUGCCACCUUGGGAAAAGCAGUAGAGAUAAUCAAUAGUGUUAUAACAAGUUUUGAAACUUCUCGUACUCCAGAUUCUUUUACUGAUCUUUGGCAGUCGAUACAACAAUUUGCAGAUGAAAAUAAUGUUACAAUUGAAAUUCCAUACCUAGCACGAG